AUGGCUAUCGCAAUAGGUCUGGAAGGCUCUGCCAACAAGCUCGGUGUCGGUGUCAUCCUUCACCCAACUUCCCAAGCCGACAGCCCCCAGACACAAAAUGCUCCUUCGAAACAUGACAGCCCUCCAGUUCAAAUCUUGUCCAACCUGCGUCAUACCUAUGUCUCGCCUCCAGGCUCUGGUUUCUUGCCCAAGGAUACAGCUGCUCACCAUCGUCGCUGGGUCGUGCGUCUGGUCAAGCAGGCUAUGAAGCAAGCCAAAAUCUCAGUCGACGACAUUGACUGCAUCUGCUUUACCAAAGGCCCCGGUAUGGGUGCCCCUCUCGGUGCCGUCGCUGUUGCUGCUCGCAUGCUCUCCCUCCUCUGGAACAAGCCUCUUGUUGGCGUGAACCACUGUGUCGGCCAUAUUGAGAUGGGCCGUGCCAUCACCGGUGCCCAGAAUCCUGUCGUCCUCUAUGUCUCUGGCGGAAACACUCAGAUCAUUGCAUACAGUGCUCAACGCUACCGUAUCUUUGGCGAGGCUCUCGACAUCGCUGUCGGCAAUUGUCUUGACAGAUUUGCUCGCGUUCUGGCUAUCAGCAACGACCCUGCUCCUGGCUACAACAUUGAACAAAUGGCCAAGAAGGGCAAGGUUCUGGUCGAGCUCCCAUACGCUGUCAAGGGCAUGGACGUCAGUUUCUCAGGCAUCCUCGCCCGUAUUGAGGAGUUGGCAAAGAAGCUGGACGCUGGUCAGAACGCGAAGACUGAAGUGUGGAAGGAUGAAGAGACGGGAGAGGAUAUUACUCGCGAAGAUCUAUGCUUCAGCUUACAGGAGACUGUUUUCGCCAUGCUCGUCGAGAUUACCGAACGCGCCAUGGCUCAUGUUGGUGCAAGUCAAGUUCUGAUCGUUGGCGGUGUUGGCUGCAACGUGAGACUGCAGGACAUGAUGGGUAUGAUGGCCAGCGAGCGUGGAGGAAGUGUCUUUGCGACUGAUGAACGCUUCUGCAUCGACAAUGGUAUCAUGAUCGCCCACGCUGGUCUGCUCGCUUACCGUAUGGGCCAGACUACAGACAUCAUGGACAGCAGUUGCACACAGAGGUUUAGAACUGAUGAACCCUUGAUCAAUUGGAGAGACUAG